UUUUUUUUUUCUUUGCUUUUCUUUCGUUAUUAUCAUUAUUAUUAUUACUAUUAUGGGUGGAGGUUCUUUAGAUAGUUUUCAAGAUACAUCAUCAUUAUCCUCAAACCAGGAUCAAACAAGACAACAGUUUAUUCAUAGAUCGAUUUACAAUCCACUUUUACAUCAAUCAAGCUGGUCUACAACAUCUGUUCAUUCAGUCUAUCCAGAUUAUAAUCCAACUGAAUUUGAACUUACACCUGUACCUUUGACUGUACCUGAAUUACCACCUCGACCUGAUGGUUAUGGACAAGAAAGUGACAAUCAGGUACGACUGAUUUAUACCAAGUCCGGUUUCUACUUGAGAGAACAAGAGAAAAUCCACGGCUUUUUUACCGUUUUUUCAAAAUCCAUGGACCAUGUCAAUCUGUGCAUUGCUUGGAUUCCAGAAUACUUAAUUGAACCACAUGAUAUACCUCAGUUUGUUGAGUUAGAUGGUCUCUUGGCUUCAGACCAAGACUUUCCCUCUAUUGGUUUAAAUCUUGGCCAAGGCGAAACGACCAUGAUGACACUCAAGAACAUCUAUUCUUUAUACAUAUGUCCACCACAACCGGACAAGCAAGGCUCUAUUGUCAUAACUUCUAAAGCAGGAGACGUGCUAAAACCACUGUGGUAUACGGCAAACGAUCAACAGGAUUAUGAACUUGAUAAAGCUUCUUGGCCAGGCUACAAUAUCAUUGAUAUCCUUCAAGCAUUUCAUCCUCUACAAAAGUCUCGAGAUAUGGAACAUGUCUAUCUGGUUCAAGGUACAGAAGUUCCCCUGUCUCCUUCUGUUGCUUCCACCGAUAUAGAGAGUGAGCCUGUGCUUCAAUCCCUUAGAGAAACACAAUGGACCUUACUUGAACGAUUAUCUCGAAUCACUCAAUACUCUCGAGAAGCACUAGGACAUCCUAUGAUUUCACCCCUCCUACCGGCUUCUUUGCGCAACAAUAUCACAGUACAAAACACAGUGGUUGAUUACCCCAUGGCCUCUCAUUACUUGUCUCAAUGGAGUACUGACCACGACUAUUCUUUGGUAGAUGAUACAGAAGGACUUUUGCAAGGCAUGCCAGAACUCGCUGGACCCACACCCAUCCAUACUCGCACUGCACCCCUGACACCUCAGGUCUGGGUCACUCUAUUUGACCAUGAAGGCAAGCUGGCUGUCCCUGUUGAUCAUGUACGUCAAUUGAUUUUUUCAGGUGGUCUCGAAAACGACAUUCGUAUUGAAGCAUGGAAGUUCUUGUUGGGCAUCUAUCCUUGGCGGUCUACCUUUGAUGAACGCGAGGCCAUCCGUCGUAGUCGCACCGAAGCGUAUUUCGAUAUCAAGCGUACUUGGUUCGAUCAUCCCGAGAUCCGCAACACAGCUCACUUUAAGGACGAAAAGCAUCGGAUUGAUAAAGACGUCCAUCGAACCGAUCGAUCCCAGGAAGCCUUUGUAGGAGACGAGUUACCGAACCCAGAUCCUGCCAUGAGUGUAGGCACCAAUGCCAACCUGGAGGUCAUGAAGGACAUGUUGAUCAGUUACAACUACUACAACACAGACUUGGGAUACGUGCAAGGCAUGUCUGAUUUACUGGCACCGUUAUUUGUCGCGAUGGGCGAUGAGGCCAUGGCUUUCUGGGCAUUUGCGCAGUUCAUGGACCGAGUCCAAUCGAAUUUCUAUCAAGAUCAGUCGGGUAUGCAUCAUCAACUACAGACAUUAAGAGCCUUGAUUCAGUUCAUGGAUCCUGUGCUUUAUCAGCGACUGGAAGCCACAGACACGUCUCAUCUGUUCUUUUGUUUUCGGUGGCUCUUGGUCUGGUUUAAACGCGAGUUUGAGUGGGAAGAUGUGAUACGGUUAUGGGAAGUGGUAUGGACAGAUCAUUUGACAGACCAGAUGGUCUUGUUUGUUGCUCUGGCUGUGUUGGACACACAUCGAAACAACGUGUUGAAUGAACUGGAUCAAUUUGACGAUAUGUUGAGAGUAAGUUGCAUGACUGUCAUAUGAAACUCAUAGCCUCCCCUCUAUAGUACAUGAACGAUUUGUCAGGUCAUAUCGCAUUAGACCCGACACUGGAAAGAGCUGAAGUACUUUACUAUCAAUUUGAACGUAAAAUAAGAGCCAUGCAACACAAACAAGGCUUGUUAAAAGAACAAUUACAGAUCAGAUCUGUAUGGAACAGUCCUCAAAGACUCAAGAUUCAAGCUCAAGUAGAAACACUUCAAGUGCCUGAUA